CAUUACGAUUCAUCAGUUGAGUCUUGCAGGCAAGUUCUCCAGAACAAGUCAGAAAAAGACGGCAGAAAUGGUUUCCAUUCUCUCUUAUGCGACAUUGAUUUUGUGCACUGUGGCCCUUAGCGAGUCGUGCAGUUGCGCUAAGACAACUCACAUGGCGAUUUUAUGCAGAGAUGACUUCGCCAUCAGAGCUAAGGUUACUCAAGUCACAGAUUUGGGAAGCCGGAAAAUCUAUACACUCGACAUAAAAAAUAUUUUCAAAGAAGGUGCCCAGUUCUAUAAAGUGACGCCUACGAUGGCGACCAUUCAAGGGCCUGUGCGGAGUGGUACAGCUUGGACAAGGACAGAUGGUUGUGGAAUAGACCUUGAAUUGGGUAAUGUUUACCUCUUAACGGGUAAAAUAGAAAAAAGCGAAGAUGCAGACCUUCACAUUACCCGAUGUGGCUGGAAUGUGGAAUUUCAAAAUGUAAGCAAGAACAAACAGAAAACACUGGAAAAUUAUUACAAGAAAGAACAGGAAAAAUGUUGAAUGAGCAAAAGUGAAAUAUGCUUCGCUCUAGAGUUGUUAAUCAAUAUUUUAUCAAGGCAAAAGGCGAUAGAAAUAAA